GCCAGCGGCACGUCAACGGCAUUAUUCGGCAUGUCCCGGCAUUCCCACCACGGUUCGACGGGUUGACCGGAAGCAGACCUAUAUCAUAUAUCCUGCAGGUCAUCCCCUCCCUCAAAGAAGUAGGUCUUAAAAGAAGGAGAUAUCAUAGGUCCGCCUUGGGGAGACAAGAUGACACGAUAUGCGGACGACGCGCAAUAAUCAUUCCAGAGACGUUUAUAAACGUGCCACGAUAUCCAGUGCGCAAGCUGUGGCUCCCGCUGUGAUCUGCCCUCCAACAUGGAUUCGACACAACUCACGUACACCCUGCUCAUUGCGAUCCCGCUUCUGAUCUUCCUCCACAGAAGGUCGAACCCUCUGUAUUCAAUUCCUGCCGUCGGGUUUUCGGCCCCUCUACUAUCCUACAUCGGGGCAUACAACUUCACUCGAAAUGCACGUGGAUUGCUGAAGGAGGGAUACGAGAAGCAUAAAGGCUCCGUCUUCAGGGUCCCCAUGAUGGAUCGCUGGGUUGUAAUCUUUUGCGGUGCGAAGAUGAACGACGAGCUGCGCAAGUUCCCAGACGAUGAGAUGUCCUUCUUAGAUGCUGCGGAAGAAUUGGUGCAGAUGAAGUACACGAUCGCUCCCGAGGUCGCCGACCACCCGAUCCACAUUUCGGUAAUCCGUGGCCCGCUCACGCGCAAUUUCGGUGUUGUCCUUCCAGAUGUCGUGGAUGAAAUUACCGUGGCCAUGGAAGAACUGAUCCCGAUCAAGCAUGACGAAUGGGUGACCGUGCCAGGACUUUCCACCAUGAGACAGAUCGUUUGUCGUGCGAGUAACCGUGUGUUCGUCGGCCUUCCCUUCUGCCGCAACAAGGAAUACCUGGAUAUAGCGUUAAACUUCACCGCUGACGUUGGAAAGGGACGGGCUAUCAUGAUGGCCACCCCGACGAUCCUUAAGCCUCUGGUCGGUCGUUUGCUGCCUUGGUCACGAAGGGCUGUUCGACAGUUCUCUGCGAUGAUGAAGGCUGUCAUAGAGGAGCGCAUCAAACAGCUGGAGAAGCACGGGAGAGACUGGAGUGAUAAGCCUAAUAAUUUUAUGACGUGGCUGGUGGAGGAAGCAAUGGCCACUGGCAAGACCGUCGAUCUGGUCGUACAAGCUCUGUUAGCCUCAAAUUUCGUUGCGAUACAUACAUCAUCUACAAGCAUAACCCAUGCCUUAUUCCACCUAGCGGCCAAUCCCGAACACAUACACCCUCUUCGAGAGGAAGUUGAAAGCUUCAUUAAGACGGAAGGAUGGACGAAGAUCGCCUUGGGUAAGAUGUGGAAGCUGGAUAGCUUCAUGCGAGAGUCUCAGAGAAUGAACGGAAUCGGAUGCAUCUCUAUCAUCCGCAAAGUGUUAAAAGACGUAACACUGUCCGAUGGGACUGUCAUUCCGGCCGGCACAAUUGUCGGAUCAGCUGCAGAAUCUACGCACUAUGACGAUGAAAGCUACGACCUACCUUACGACUUCCGGCCGUAUCGGUUCUCUGACAUGCGAGCCGAAGAGAGUGACCGUAUCAAGCACCAGUACGUCAGCACAUCGCCCGAAUACAUACCAUUUGGCCACGGGAAACACGCCUGCCCAGGGCGGUUCUUUGCUGCGAAUGAGCUCAAGACGGCACUUGCUUAUAUCGUUAUGAAUUACGACGUGAAGUUCGGGGGUGACGGUACUCGACCGAUCAACCGUUGGUUCGGUAGUUCUGUCAUCCCGGAUCCUAUGGCGCAAGUGAUGUUCCGCAAACGCCAACAGAAUACUACGGUGUAGGUCACGCUGUCAUCAGCGGCUUUGAUGCGGGCUCCUCGUUUAUACCUAGAAUAAACUGCUUAUGAUACACCGAACCAUGCGGGA